GCGCAUAGGCAGCCCCCAAGCCUGUCAUUCUGCAAAAACACAGUUUACUCAACACACCACACACACACUCACACACACACGCGCGCACACACACACGAGCACACUGCCCCCCUCGCGCACACGCACGGAGGGCGCGAGCGAGCAGACGCGCACACCCGGCGAGCCAAGUUCCGCAGCCUGGCAUGGCUUCUGGGGACCUUUACGAGGUUGAAAGGAUUGUAGACAAGAGGAAGAACAAGAAGGGAAAAUGGGAGUAUCUGAUCCGGUGGAAAGGCUACGGGAGCACGGAGGACACGUGGGAGCCCGAGCACCACCUGCUGCAUUGUGAGGAGUUCAUUGAUGAGUUCAACGGGCUGCACCUGGCCAAGGACAAGAGGCUCAAGUCGGGGAAGCAGCCCGGCGCCUCCAAGCUUCUGCGCGACGGCCGAGGCCCCUCGGUCGAGAAGCUGUCCCACAGGCCCUCGGAAUCCGCCAAGAGCAAAGGGACUUCCCAUAAACGGAAGCGGAUCAACCCUUCCCUGUCCAAGCCGAAAAAAGGGUAUCCGGCCAAGCCCCCUGCAGGCGGGGACAGGGCCACCAAGACGGUGUCGUACAGGACUACCCCCAGUGGCCUGCAAAUAAUGCCCCUGAAAAAGGCGCAGAAUGGGAUGGAAAACGGGGACGCCGGCUCCGAGAAGGAAGAGAGGCAUUUUGGAAACGGGUCCCACCAGCCCGGCUUGGAUUUGAAUGACGUGGGUGAGCAGGACCUGGGCGACUGCCACGUGAGCCCCGCGGCGCUGGCGGAGAAUGGACUCGGCUCUGCUCUGACCAACGGGGGACUAAACCUGCACAGCCCGGUGAAGAGGAAGCUGGAAGCGGAGAAGGACUACGUCUUUGACAAGAGGCUCAGGUACAGCGUCCGCCAGAACGAAAGCAACUGUCGCUUUCGGGACAUUGUCGUGCGGAAGGAAGAGGGCUUCACGCACAUCCUGCUGUCCAGCCAGACCUCGGACAACAACGCGCUGACCCCUGAGAUCAUGAAGGAGGUGCGGCGCGCGCUCUGCAACGCGGCCACGGACGACAGCAAACUGCUGCUCCUCAGCGCCGUGGGCAGCGUGUUCUGCAGUGGCCUGGACUACUCCUACCUAAUUGGCCGCUUGUCCAGUGACCGGAGGAAGGAGAGCACCCGGAUGGCGGAGGCCAUCAGGGACUUUGUGAAGGCCUUUAUCCAGUUUAAGAAGCCCAUCGUGGUGGCGAUCAAUGGGCCCGCACUGGGCCUGGGCGCCUCCAUCCUGCCCCUCUGCGACAUCGUGUGGGCCAGCGAGAAAGCCUGGUUUCAGACCCCCUACGCCACCAUCCGCCUCACGCCCGCCGGCUGUUCCUCCUAUACCUUCCCCCAGAUCCUGGGUGUCGCACUGGCCAACGAGAUGCUCUUCUGCGGGCGGAAGCUCACCGCCCAGGAGGCGUGCAGCAGAGGCCUGGUGUCACAGGUCUUCUGGCCAACCACGUUCAGCCAGGAGGUCAUGCUGCGGGUCAAGGAGAUGGCCUCCUGCAGCGCGGUGGUGCUGGAGGAGUCGAAAUGCCUCGUCCGGAGCUUCCUGAAGUCGGUGCUUGAAGAUGUGAAUGAGAAAGAAUGCCUCAUGCUCAAACAGCUCUGGGGAUCCUCCAAAGGCCUGGAUUCCCUGUUCAGCUACCUGCAGGACAAAAUUUAUGAAGUCUGAGGGCCCAGUGCUCAAGGGCAGCUGACUUCCAGCUCUGCCCUGUGUUUCAGAAAUCAGAGCACAGUGUAUUCCCGGCCAAGGAGUCCGUCAGGGUGUCUCUCCAUACCUAGGGUCGUGUCCAUUUCCUCGUGUCCUUUGGUUGCUCCUCAUUGGUUUGGUUUUGUGUAACGAUGGGAAACGCAGCAUACUUGGCCUCCCCCGUGUCCCCACCCCAACUGGCUGGAGAGCUAUCGAGGGCUAUAUCUUCCCAGUCCUCUGCCAGGUGCCCUUGUCCUGUCCCCACUUGCUGAAAUGCACCAUCCUGGUCCAGGAAGGGGAAGACCCAUUUCUCCAUCCUUCUGACUCAGGCUGUGUCUACACAGUGCCUCUGAUUGGGAGACUUGGCUGCCAUGGCUCUGUCUGGUUAAGUACAGAUCCAGUGACAGGGGACGACCAAUCUUAGGGAAUUUCUAGACCCACGAGCGGAACAAUUGUGUAGAUCCAGCCUCGGUCUCCUCUCUGAUGCAGAUCUGCAUGACUUUUAGGGCUUGGUCUUAAAACCCAAUUGAGUAAUUUACAAACCCAGAUAUUGUACAUUUAGGAGCAUUUUGUUAAAUAUAUAUUUUUAAAACAGUGUAAGUGGAAAUUCUGAUAAUUUAUGUGUAUUAUAUGUAAAGCUAGUUUUGCAAACACAUAACUACUAGGAAAAUGUUUUUUUUUUUUUAACCCGACUUAUUUAAUUUAUUUAUUUUUGUUUAUAUAUUAUGGUAUCUGUUGUUCACACAGAUAUUAUUUUCAUACUGCCCUGGACCAAAUCCCAUACAAGGUUCAUGCCGUUUGGUGCAUUCUAGCAAUGAACCAUGUAGAAAUAAAAUUCAGAGAGAUGAAAAUGGGAUUUCUGUGAAUAAAAGGAAUAGCUCUGCCCCAGAUUUCCUGCGUGUAAAACAGUUCUAUGAUAAUUGAAUACUUGCUCUUAGGAGAAAUUGUGGAAGAGUUUUCUCUUCACUCUGCUCCCUUUAAGGAGAUAAAGGGGCUUCCAGCCUGAAUGGUCCUGGGGGUUGCAUAUUGUUGAGGGAGGCUUUUUUCUCUGGGGCAAAGGACUCCACUUGGAUUUCAGCGUCCCUUUCCUCCAUGUGGGCGAUGAUGUCUGGUUUGGGCCGUCCAGGGAGGUGGGGAAGAGUCCCCACUCUGAGCUGUCAGUAGAGGGUCUGAAUCUUUUCGCCUCCAGAAGUCCAGGCACUCCAUCUUUUUUCAGUUUGUUUGCUCCCAUCAGGGAGCAGUAACCAGGGAUGAGGCCUCCUGUCCCAGGGCGCGUGGGCCGCAGAGGGGCUCCAGCAUUUGUAUUCAGACCAUCAGCCCAAAGUCCCUGGAUCAGCUGUGGCGAAGGAGGGGUUUUGGUUUGGGGUUUUGGUUUUGGUUGGAGAAGAGAAGGUAAACAUCAGAGUUCAAGCAGAGAAGUGACAGGACCAGGUUCUGUAUGAGGGUCAAGCACCAGAGAAAGUUAGGUUCCCAGAGUGGCGGGAUUUUUCCACGUCCAUCACAAUCCCCCUGCCAGGUGUCCUCAAGGACCUCUGCGCACCCGUCUCCUACUGCCUCUGUUAGUCACCAGCCCCUCUUGACCCUUCCUCGGAGAAAGUUGAGUGGAGCAGUGAGAGUUAGGCACAGCUGGGGGAGGGAGGGUCAUUGUUACAGUUCUCUCUCCUUUCUGGUCCUCUUCCCUCCUCUGAAGGCAGCUGGAUGCACCGGACUGGGCAGGUGGAGAGGACUCAUGGCCCUGAGCUUUGUGUUUCGGAGAACAGGUGGAGUGUCUAUAGCAGAACUAGAGACAUAGGCCUUUAAACAGUGAACCUGAGUUUACCUGGAUUCUCCAUCCUUUAGAGGGUCUUGGUUCGCCCUGUUGAAAGCCUCUCUCCUUCUGAGUUUCCCCAUGACUUCCCGAGGGUCAGGGAAGAGGACAUGUCUCACUUUCUUCUCGCUUCGGCCGGGGGACCGCCACCCUGGCUGAAUCCAGCCAGAGGAAGAUGGGGCUGAAGUCCUGUGUACCCUCCCCUUGCUCCAUGGGGGUUCCUGUAGGAACUGCAGACCUAGACAAUGGGGAGUUUCUACAGGGAAACACCUGCUUUUGUCCAAAUACCUGUUGUCACAUCUCAAUUUGGGUUUGUCUUUUCCUUUGAGAAAGCCAGUGUGUGCGCUGCCAAAGGCCCUAGACAACCUCACCCUUGACAGAUAACUUCUCAGCCAUCACUAAGUCAUCUAAAGAAAGAGCACCUCGUUUUCUUUUUACCUUCUAGGGGCAGCCACGUUCAACGUCUCUAGAAGCAGUGUUAGGAUUCUCGUUGGAAUGGAAGAAGAUGUUUGGAAAUUCCUUUUGCUCAA